AUGGAGAAGACCAUCGUCCUGUACCCCGGCCUCGGCGUGGGCCACUUCAACCCCAUGAUGCAGCUCGCCGCCGCGCUCCUGGACCACGGCUACGCCGUCUCCGUCGCGCUCAUCGGCCACGACUCCCUGGCCGCCGCCGUCCGCCGGGUCGCCUCCUCCAUGCCGUCCGUCCGGAUCCACGCGCUCCCGCCCGUCCAGGACCAGCCCGCCUUGGCGCUCGACGGGCCGUCGUCGCUCCUCCUCUCGUACCUCCGCCUCCUGGACCGCUACAACGGCCGGCUCCACGACCUGCUCUGCUCCGCCCGCCGCGCCCAUGCCGUGAUCUUCGACUCGCUAUCGGUCGGAGCGCUGGGCGUCGCCGAGGAGCUCGGUAUCCCCGCCUACGUCUUCUAUACCUCCUGCGCGUCCACCCUCCUCGCCUCCAUACAGCUUCACUCCGUCCUCGGUGAUGGCGAGAGCCGUCGGAAAGGCUUUAGGGAGAUAGGAGAUAGCCCCGUCGAGUUCUUCGGCCUCCCGCCCGUGCCGGCUUCGCACCUGCUCGCCGAGCUGCUCGAGGACCCGGAGAGCGACGCGUACAAGGCGACGAUGGCCGCCAUGUACCGGAUCCCGGAGGCCAGCGGCAUCCUGGUGAACACUUUCGAGUCGCUGGAGGCUCGGGCUGUGGCGGCUCUCAGGGACCCUCGGUGUCUCCCCGGACGGGUCUUGCCUCCGGUGUACUGCGUCGGGCCUCUCAUCGGGAGCACGGCCGACGGCGAGGCAACUUCACCGAGGCACGAGUGCCUUGCGUGGCUCGACGGGCAACCCGACCGCAGCGUCGUGUUCCUCUGCUCCGGGAGCAUGACGAGCUGGGGACUCCAGUCGGAGGAGCAGCUCAGGGAGAUCGCCGUCGGCCUGGACAACUCCGGCCACCGGUUCCUCUGGGUCGUGCGAGCCCCCGGCGGCGACGGCGUCCCAGAUCUCAGCGCGCUCCUGCCGGACGGGUUCUUGGAGCGCACGGACGGUCGCGGCCUCGUCAUCAAGCUGUGGGCGCCGCAGGUCGACGUGCUCCGCCACAGGGCCACCGGCGCGUUCGUGACGCACUGCGGGUGGAACUCGGCGCUGGAGGGCGUCACGGCCGGCGUGCCGAUGCUUUGUUGGCCGAUGUAUGCGGAACAGAGGAUGAAUAAGCUCUUCAUGGUUGAGGAGAUGAGGGUCGCCGUGGAGAUGGUGGGGUGGCAGCAGGGGCUCGUCAAAGCCGGCGAGGUGGAGGGCAAGGUAAGGAUGAUCAUGGAGGCUGAGGAGGGCAGGGAACUAAGGGCGCGAGCGGCGGCGCAAAAGGAAAGCGCCGCUGUGGCGUGGAACGACGGCGGCUCGGGGCGCGCGGCGCUUGCCCAGUUCCUGGCGGAAGUGGACAGCCGACAGCCGCUGGCUCGCGACGGGGAAGCUAUCGAUGGUGAGCUUUGGCAACCAGUGUGA